AUGUGACACUGCAGUCUCACACAAACUGCAUGAAACUUUUUACAAAUUCACAUUAACAUUGAACACAAAGAUGAUGUUUAUAGCUUUGAUAUCCAUUAACCUGAAAUAUAAAUCUGGUACCAAAUUCCUAAAGGCACUGAAAGAGAGUAAAAACAAAAUCUACAAGUGUUUCCAACACAAAGCGAACCAGAAUAGACUUGACUCAACACAAUGACACAAUAGUAUUGAAGUAACACAUCUUAAAACACACUUCUGUCUGCAGUGGUUGACCUCAGCACAACAUAUGAUAAACAGAAAAACUAAGAAUUCCUUUUGUCUUUGUUUAGAUUUUCAGGAAGAGAGGAAACGGGUCAGAACCUCUCCUCUGCAUCACUCUGUAACAGCAAAAACCAGAUAAUUUAAAAUUGUCCAAAAUGAUAUGCAAAAUAAAAAGAACCGUACUUCCUCAAAAAGUUGACACAAACUGUGUUGGAAACCACACCUUUAAACUAUAACCAGAUGUUCUGCAAUACUGUCUAAAGCUGGUGGGAACCCUGACAGGGGAAGAAGAAGUUGUUUUUUUUAAGAUCCGCUUAAAAAUCUCCUUUACAUUUAAAAUCAACUUUGGCUUCAUUUAAGCUCAUUUUGCUUUGAUGCACAGCAGAAUUUGGUGUUGAAAGAUGGAGGAAGAGAUCCAAUACUCCUCUGUGGUUUUCAAAGGUAGAGCUGCACCUCCAAGAAACAAUAGGGAGGAAGUUUCUGUUUAUUCUUCUAUAAAAAAUAAAAAGCCUUUGACCAGCGAAACAGAAGUCCAAGCAUCUGGCAUCAGGCAUCAUCCCCUGCUGUGUUUGGGGAUCAUUUGUUUCCUCCUGUGUGCCAUCAUCAUCACUGUCAUCAUUUACUUUGCCAUGGAAACAAAGAAACUGAAGCUGAAUCUCAGUGACCUGGAAGCAAAAAAUGAGCAACUGACUUUGGAGAAAAGAGAUUUACAAAACCAGACUGAAGAUCUGAAGAUGAACAUGACAAAACUACAAAACCAGAACGAGCAGCUGAGAAACAACAGUGACAAACUCAACAAGAUCCUGGCAGCAAUCAUCAGUUACACCAACUUUCCAGCUGAUCUCUUCUGCCCUGAUGGAGUUUGUCAGACGUGUCCCAAAGACUGGAUUCAGUUUCAGGAAAGCUGCUAUUUUUUUAAUCAUUUUAUUUCUCCGUUAAAACAAUGGGACCAAAGCCGACAGCUUUGUCAAAGCAUGAAAUCAGACCUGGUGGUUAUCAGCAGUCUUGAGGAACAGAACUUCAUCAAAAAUAAAAUACAAUACUACUAUGACACCCAUCACGGAUACUGGAUUGGUUUACGUAAAGUGAACAACAAGUGGAUCUGGGUAGAUGGCAGUCCAGACACACUUGGGUACUGGAAGAACCCAGGGAGCUCAGAGGAUUUUGCAAUUAUAGCCAAAGAUCCAGCUUUGACCCAGAGCUGGAUUCAAAACAUAAAUGGCUUUUUGAACAGAUUCAUCUGUGAGAUUAAAGCUUUAAUUUUCUGAUUAGUUAAA